GGCAGAAGUCUGAACUCGCGUCGUCUCGGUGAGUGUGUGAGUGUAAGACAACGGACGACCAUCACUAUUUUCCCUCGCAAAUCCAUGAGAUUCCUCCGUCGGUAAUCGCUACGUUUUUACGUGCAUUGGAACGUUCCCAAUUGAUAUUUAUCUACAUACAACGAGGAGUAAAUUAAGAAUUUGGUAAUGCGAAAAACUGACGUAAGCUGUGUUUAUCUUGGUAAACGCUCGUUAACAACCGUUAGAGCUGCCGCCUCGUCGCCCUGCUCUGACACCAGCUCGCAUCGAUAGGUAACGAGAGAAAACUGUCUGGCCUAAGGAAAACAGCAUUCCGCAAUGCCGGGGGAAAAUUGCUUGGUCUGCGCGAGCGACGAGGGUAUUUUCCUGGACGUUCUUGAUCAGCCAACAUUGCGAGUUAAAGCAAAGAAUUGCCGGCUUGAUAAGGUAUCGGAGGAUGGUCCAUCGACGAAAGUAUGUUAUAAAUGUGCAUUUGAAAUAGAACAAUGUAAUAUUUUUGUUGAGAAAAUUAAAAAGGCUAAUAAGAUACAGAACUCCAGAAAAAGCUGCUGCAUCUUUUGUUUAGAUGCAUACAAUAAAGAAAUAUUCUUUGAUCUAACCAAACAAAAGUUUGGAGUAAAUAACCUCAUUCAAAGAAUACAAGAUCUUUUUCCCGAUGAAUUAAAAUAUAAGGAACUUCAGAGACAUUUAAUUUGUUUAUCGUGUCGAUAUUGCGUGGAUUUAUUAAUUGAUUUAAGAAAUUUAUCAGAUGAAAUACCUGCUAAAUUAAAAACCAUAAUACAAAAUGGCAUUGAUCCAGCUGAUCUUCCAAAGACAAAAACAUCAAUUGUAAAUCGCAAGACUACUUUUAUCCAGUCAUCGAACUUAGAUCUAAAUACACCAUCGGACACGGAUAGCGAUUCUUCUGUCAUAAUGAGUAAUAGAAAAAGGAAAAAUAAAGUUAAUAAGACAAUAGUAUCAAGAUCACAACGUAAAUGUGAACAAUGUAAAAUAGAAGUUAAAAGUGGAGUAGAUAUGUAUAAGAUAUAUCGAACAGGGGUAACUGUUUGUAAACAAUGUUGGCUUACUAUAGACCCUGGUAAAGUCAAGACAUCAUCUAAAAAGCGUAAAAAGUUCGAUUAUUCGGGAACAAAAUUGUGUUCUGUACUCUUAGAAGAUGUAUAUCAAAAAAAUUCAUAUGAGAGAGAAUAUAAAAUAGAAAAAGAUAAUAAAGGUAAUACUGUAUUCAUAGUAACUGACGAUAGUGAAAGUGAAAGUAGAACCAAACGUAAAGUAAAUAAAAUCAAAUCAAAUGAUAUAAAUAAUAAGCAGGAUGUAAGUAAAGAAGUUGUACAUGAUAUAGAAAUUAAAAAAGUGAAGUCCGUUAGAGGAGGCAGAAGAAAGGAAGACGUUGAGAAGAGUAUGCAAGAAACUGUUGAUAAUAAGCCAACUAGAUUGGGUAAUAGAAGAAAAGAAUCAGAGCCAAGUUUACAAGAAGUCGAAGUAAAGUCUACUAGAAGUAGGCGACAUAAAGAUUCAGAACAAAGCGUAAGAGAGGAAAGUGAAUUAAAAUCCAUAAAGUCAAGUAUAAGAAGAAAGGACUCGGAAGAGAGUAUACAUGAAGACGGUGAAGAUAAAUUUACUAAAGACUAUGGUAGUUUAAAGGAUGAUGAACAAAGUAUUCACGAUAAUACGGAGUUUAAGAGUACAAAAAUGAUUAGAAGGAGAAAAGAAUCUGAAGAAAGUUCACAAGAUAUCGAAAUCCGAUUGACUAGAUCUUCCCAGAGUAGAAAAGAUUCAGAACAAAGUAUUCAAGAAGUUUUGGAAGUUAAGCCAGUGUCAAAAUCAUUUAGGCAGAGAAAAGAAUCUGAUCAUAGUUCGCAAGAAUUUGAGAGAAAAGCAAAUAAAAGUAAUAAAAAUAGAGAUUCUGAACAUAGCUCGCAAGAUGGUAUGGAAAUUAUUAAUGCAAGGGGGUUCAGAAGAAGGAAGGAGUCUGACCAGAGUAUACAAGAAGACAUCGAAGUUAAUGUAGACAUUGAUAGUGAUAGUGCUCCAGUUUCAAAGAAAGCAAAAACAUCCAGUCCAAAAGUUGAGUCAAUGCCAAAGCAUAUUCAGUCAAAUAUAAACAACCAAAAUAGUGCUGCAUCUGAAAUUGUAUUUACACGCAAACGAGGCAGAAGUAGUUCUUUAGAAUCAACUGAUAGUGUUCGAAAAUCUUCCAGGUCUGCAAGGAAAAAUACAUUGGAAUUAGAAGAAAUAAUAGAAAUUGAUGUCGAUGAUUCAAAUUCGUUUAAAAUACAAAAGGAGAAUGUGUCGUUAAACGAGGAACUAAUGAAUAAAGGUAUAUUAAUACAAGAAUCAAAAAGAAAUCGAACAGAAAGAGCAAUCUCAUAUGAUAAUCAUAGUGAUGUGGAGUCGAAUGCAUCCGAUAGAAAAGUAAGUUCAAAAAGAUCUAGUUCUGUAUCGAGUAAAGAAUCGACUCCAGUGUUACAAUUUAAAGCACCUCAUAAUAAGGAUAAUCAGGAAAAUUUAGAAUCUUUAAAAUUUACUUUGAAAGAAACAAAAUCCAAUAGAUUUGUAAAAAUUCAAAAAUUCGAAAUUGGAAAAUCUGAUGAUGUAGAAUCAUUAAAAUCUAUCGAAGUUGAUACUUCAGAGUCUGAAGAAAUUGAUGUUUUGAAGUCUACUGAUGAAGAAACGAAAGAUGAUACUUUGAAAGUAUUAAUGGAAGAAAAAGAUAAAUCAAAAUCACCUAUUUUAGAAGAAGACGAUGUAAAAUUGGACAAGGUGGCAAUAAGACUCAUAGAUGAUGAUAUGCUUACAUCAGUUGACGAAGAUAAUUCAAAUGAUAUAAGCGAAAAGAAUUUAAUGUUUAAUACUAAUGACUUACAUAAAAUAGAUCACAGAAGAGAUUAUAAAUCAGUCAAACAAAAUAUCAUAGAUUAUGAAAAUGAAAAAUAUUUGCAAAAAUCGGAAAAUGAAUCUAUCGAGGAAAAUAUAAUUAUAACAAACAUCGAUAAUGUUAAAAAAGACAUGGUUGAAGAAAUUUAUAAUGAUAUCGAAAAGGACAUUGUUGCAUCGGAUAUAAAUGAUAUUGAAACAAAUGUUAGUGAAGAUUACAGUGAUCACAGUAUGCCUGAAUCGUUAAAAGAUAAGUAUAUAUCAAGUAAACAAUUACUUUCAUAUAAAUUCAAAUCUCGAAAGUCUAAAUUUUCUUCAAAUAAAAAAUCUAGAAAGUCUAAAAAUAAAGAUUCUUCGGAUGAUAUUAUUGUUUACGAUUCAUCAGAUUCAGAAGUUACUAAAUUUUCAGAACAAGUAAAUAUAACUUAUACUUGUACAAUAUGUGAUAAAAUAUAUGAAAAUAAGUUUAUUGGCCUUCAGCAUGAAUUAACACACAUGAAGACUUUAGAAAUAAAGUUAAAGAAAGUUCAAAUACCUAAUCCAAAUAAAUCUUUCAACGAAUCUGAUAUCGAGUUACAAAUUAGUUCGAAGGAUAAUACUUUUCACUCUGAUUCGACGGACGAGGUAUUAGCAAUAGAUCAGAAUGAAGAAAAAAAUGAAAAUAUAAUAAAAAUUAAAGAACAAAUAUUGAAAGGUGAAAAACACGAAAAUAAUAUAGAUAAUAAUAAGAAGGAAGAAGCUAUUGAUGAACAAAUCAUAAAAGUAUCCAGCUUAACAAAUAUUAAUAUAGACACGACUCAAAAUAAUCAUAAUGAAACGAGUAAUACAUUAAACGAAGUUGAGGAAAGUAUCGAAAGAACCAGAAUAGAAAAAGAAACAAAAAUUAAUGACAUUGAUGAAGAGAAAGUUGAAUUAAUAAAAAGUGUACAAGGCAAUGAAGUAGAAGACAUUAGUAAACAACCGAUAAGAAAAUUAUCAAAAAAAAGCGAAGCUAAAAGUAAAAGUGACAAAAAAUCUAGAGGGAAAAGAAAAAUCAUAAAUGAAAAUGUUGAGCUUGAACGAGAAAUGACAAGCGCAGUUGAAAUUCAGUCUGAUAAAAUUGCAGAGGCUGUUCAAGAAACUCUCAAUGACAUGGCAGAAUUACAUGUAAAAAUACAAGAAUCCAACCCUGUAAAGGUACCUGAAUUAAAUAAAAUAUUAAAUAGUGAUGAAUCGGAAAUUGAAAAGAAGAAUGAAAUUACAGAGUUGGAAACUAUUAAUGAAGAUAAAAAUGAGAAUCCAAUUAUGCAGUUGACUGAGAAAAAAGAGUGCGGUAGCACUAUGGAAUGUGAUGAUGCUAUUCAAAGAGAAAUAAUGCAGUCUGAAAAGGUUAUAUGCGAAACGGUUAAUGAAGGACGAGAAAUUGUACAUGAAAUGGAAAGUUCAAGUACCGAUGUAUUAAACGAAUCAUUUAAAGAGGCAGCGGUGGACCUUGAAGUGAAAGUUAUGAAAGAACCGUAUGAUGAAAUUAUAGAUAAGUCGAAAAAAGUAGAGGACGAUGAAGCGGAAUCGAUCAAAGACGUAGCUAACUUAGAUAGUCAAAUAGUCGAUAUUAUAGCAGACAAUGUCGAGUGUAAAUUAUCAAAAUCAAAUGGCACUGUUGAGAUAGAGGAAGCAGUGGAUUUGAAUGGGAGCGACCGUGAGAACGAAUGUAUCAUCGAUUCUCCGACAGAUGUAAAUGUUGAGUCCGGAACUGAAAUCGACAAUGCAAUGUUGAAUAGGCUGAGCGUAGAAAAGGACGAUAUUUGCUUAGGACAAGAUAAUAACGAGACAGUUGGAGUAACUAACGAAGCCGAUGGUAAUAACACCGAGGACGAAGAAGCCUUGGCUCAAGAAAGUUUAGAAGAAUUAAUGCAGCGUGGUGGACUUCAAAUAAUUGACGAACUCGCCGAAUCAGUGACAGACGGCGACGAGGAAAGUGAGAAAGAUGUGAAUUUAAGUUCGGAGAAAGAGAAUGUCACGGAGAAGGAGAUUGAAAUUGAUAACGAGUUACAGAUUAAAAUAUCUGACGCCGAGUGUACAGAAAUCCUGGAAAUCAGCAACAAAUCAUUAUCCAAACAAAAGGAAGUCGAUAACGGGGUAUUAGGCGAGAAUCAAAUUAUCCAAGAUGUUGACGUGGUCGAGGAGGUAAUAAACGACGAUGAGCAACCCCAUGGAAACGUCGUGCAGGAGGUCGAGGUCGAAAGCAACGGUAAUUGUGUAAACGUAGCUAAUAAUGUCGUAAGUCAAGCUUUAACCGACGUCUUCAAUAUGGCAACUGUCGACAUUUCAAAGCGUUUGGAUUUACAAACCGAUCCGAUUUCCGACGAGGAAACGGAAGUAAUACCGGAGACGGUUGAAAAUAUAUCGAGAGAGAUUCGCAACAGUCAAGACAUGCCUUCCCUCGACCCUAUUGAUGAAAUUAAUGACGAUUAAUAACUGUCAUUUGAAAAAAAAAACAAACAAAAAAAGAC